GAAUGUCGACGCUCGGCGAUAUUUGGUGGUCGAUGUGAUUUUAAGUGAUCAUAAAUGUGUGUGUACGUUUCACGGAUAACUCAAAACUCUAUGUGGAGGUAUGGAACCGUGUUUAGCCCCUGCAAGGUUACAGGUGAAGGUGUUUCAUUCAGCUAUUCUUAAAUAGGAAGUUAUGAGUUAACACGUGAUUGAACUUGACAGUGUUGGGUAUGUGUGACUGUGUGUAUAUGGUAAUAUAGUACAUUGUAAGGUAGAAAGGUACACACAGGUAUUUGGCGAUUCCAAAACUAUACGUAUUAUGCAUUGUAGAAUUGUUUUCUGAGAACAGUUGGACGGAACACUUUAUCAUUGUGUGUAUUCCUAAGAAUUAUAUGGGUCCCUGCCGGUAACUCGACAUGAGGGGUGAGUUUGAUUACCGGUAGAUCCUCCCUGUGUCAUGAUACAUACUAGAUUUGGGAGGACGUACAAGCGUUUCUUCAGAACGGAAAGUUCCGCAACAACAGACAGUGAACAUGACUCGGAUUUCGAAGACCUGCCGGAUUUUCAUCCUGAUGGAACAGACGGACAUCUCACCACAAGCCACACUCUGGAGGGCUCGGGACAAGGAGGGUUAGACUUCAACACUAUCCAUGCCGUACCACAGGGUUUCACCACUAUCAGGAAAAACUGCUGGAUCCCGAACACUCGUGUCUUCAUCAAAAUCAUCUCUGCUGAGCGACACAAUGCCCACAUCAAAAUAUUCAAUCCAACCUUGUACACAGUUCAGGUCACACAUGGAGAAUUUCAGUGGACAGUUCGGAGGCGAUUCAAACACUUUGAUCAUCUUCAUAGCACUCUUAGGAACUUUCGUAUGCAACGCAGGAUUCCCUUACCGACCAAAUCUCACUAUGAGAAAAGAAAAAGUGUGCGUGGAAGACAGAAUCGCAUUCCAAGAUUCCCAAAGAAGCCAGAGGUUAUCGUCCGAGAUAUUGACAAAAGAAGGAGACACCUGGAAGACUAUCUACAAAACUUGGUGGACAUACCAACAUAUCGGGAACAUUUCGAGACAUUGAAAUUUCUGGAAGUGAGUCAACUAUCCUUUGUUAAGAAGCUUGGUAAGAAAUACAAAGAAGGUGCCAUUAUGAAGUGUUCAGGGGGUCGGCACAUCAGUAUCGGCUGCUGCGGAUGUCUCAAGAAGUUUCACUUGGCUGGAAGAUGGAACAAACGAUGGCUGAUUGUGAAGGAUGGCUUUGUAGCAUACAUUCGACCUCGUGAUGGCCGUAUUUGUGAUGUCAUGUUGAUGGAUCGAGACUUUUGUGUCAAUGUUGGCAUGGGAACGACUGGAGCACAUCAUGGCCUUCUGGUCACCAAUCUAAACAGAAAUCUGUUAGCGAAAUGUUGGACCAGAAGGAAGGCAGAAGAGUGGAAAAGAAAUAUUGAGGAUGCAGCAAUGACAACUGGAAAAGACUACACGCAGGAAAACAGAUUCCAAUCCUUCGCCCCAAUUCGAGAGCCGUCAUAUGCAAAAUGGUUUGUUGAUGGUGAUUCCUAUUUCUCGGCUGUUGCUGAUGCAUUAGAAAGUGCUAAGGAAGAAAUUUACAUCACAGAUUGGUGGUUGAGCCCCCAGGUGUACCUCAAGCGACCGGUCACUGAUGGCAACACAUGGAGGCUUGACAUUUUGUUAGAAAGAAAAGCACAACAGGGUGUGAAGAUCUUUAUCCUACUGUAUAAAGAGAUGUCAAUGGCAGUAAAUCUACUAAGUAUCUACAGUAAACAUGUGCUCAUGAGCAAGUGUCCAGAGAACAUCAAGGUUUUACGCCAUCCUGACCACAUUGGCAGUGGUGUCUUGCUCUGGGCUCACCACGAAAAGCUUGUUGUUGUCGACCAAAAGAUUGCCUUUGUUGGUGGAAUUGAUCUGUGCUAUGGACGGUGGGAUGAUAAUCACCAUAAAUUGACUGAUCUUGGCUGUAUUGUUUAUGAGUCAACCAAUCAGAACUCACAAAAAGAAAUCAAGGUAAAAUUGCAAUCUCAGGAAAAAGUAGAGGAGGAGGAAGAUGUUUUGAACCAGUCCGGAAUUUCACUGAAAAUAAGCCCUCCUAGUCCUUUGUCUUCACCUAGUGAGGAGAAAGUACCAUCAAUAAUUCCACCACAAGGGGGCAGCACUGAAGAGGAAGUGAAAACAACAUCAAGCAAUCUGCCACAUGGGAGCAGCACUGAACAGGAAAUGCAAAAAUCAUCAAUCAACUCACCACAAGGAGUCAGCACUGAUCAGGAAGUGAAAAAAACAAAAGAUUGUCCAGUGAAAAAGGAAGUUGACAAAACAAAUGUUGAUGAAGGAAAUGAUUCAGAGGAGUGUAGUUGUCACAAAUGCCGAACAUCUGAAAAUCGACAUAGUUACUCCAACUCUUCAAUGGAGGAGGAAGAAUACACAUAUUUGUUGAAAUCUGAGAAAAAAAUGGAUACAAAUACAGAAAGUUCAGACUCAGACAAUCAAGAGGUCAUAAAGGCCUUAAUACAUCAUGAUAGCCAAGGGUCAAAGCCACUUGACGAAGGGUCAACUGUAAAUGGAACACUUGAUCCAUCCAGUGCUUUAGAGGUCGGGGAUUUACAAGGAAAAUCUGUUAUACUGCAAGGAGAAGAGGAGCAGGUAAAGAAUGGAAAGUCAGCAGACCGUGUCAAAUUAAUGUCAAAGAAAAGUAAGGACAGUGAAAAAUGUGACCAAAUUAAAAAGGUAAACUUUUCUGAAGAAAACUCUGUCCAAUGUGAUUCUGUUACAGGCACCACGAGUCCUACCAAACGACACUUGUGGAACUUUGGUGGUAAGAGGACAUCUGCUGCUAAAACAAGUAAAAAUUUAGAACUUUCUGGUAGUGUUGUAGAUAAAUCAACAGACUCCCAAUCAGGAGAUAAAAAUGUGCAAUUGAAAAGUUUCAAACGAAUGCCUUCCUCCAGUAAAUAUGUUGUGGAUGAGAAUGGCGACUCGCAUCUUAUCCAGGAAGAUGAUGAAGCAGUAGCAAAGAGAGUUCAUACUGAAUCUCAGGGAGAGGGUUUAGCUGAUAGUGGAGGCCGGGAUAGUUGGGCCAUGAGGAAACUACGCCGGUCAUUACAGAGACAUCGAGAACAAAACAACAACGAUGGAGAUCGCAUUGACCAGACUGACGACAGUGAAAAUUUAAUGCGGAAAUGGAAACUUGUGCUGAAUAUUCAGAAAUUUGAGUCAGCUGUUCGACGGCCACAAGAGAAGACACCUCUACCAGAUGGAGAGGAAAGAGGGCCUCAUUCACCUGCCCGACUUAGAGAUAAAAUUAGACACAAUUUACACGAGCGAUUUAAAAGCUCCCACCAUCGUGACAGCCUCACAAGUUUGGAUGAAAUGUACAUCACAGAUGAGUUGAAACCUGCAGAGCUGAAACGCACCAGCAGUGAAAUAAAUAUUGAUGAGUUAGGGUUGAAGGGAUCGUCCAAGCUCUGGAUUGGCAAAGACUAUGUUAACUUCAUAUAUAAGGAUUUUCAAAACCUAGAGAGACCAUUUGAAGAUUUCAUUGAUAGAUCCGCUACUCCCAGAAUGCCCUGGCAUGAUAUAGCAUCAGUAGUGUAUGGAAAGGCAGCAAGGGAUGUAGCAAGGCAUUUUAUUGGUCGCUGGAAUUUUACAAAGGUUGAGAAAGCAAAAAAUAACCGUGACUAUCCUCUGCUGUUGCCAAAAGCUUACGGACACAACUACAAGAUCCCACAGCUUGUCCUUGACCUCUGUGAGGAGGUCAAAACUCAGAUCCUGCGAAGUGCCUGUGCAUGGUCAUGUGGUAUUAGGACCACAGAGAACUCGAUCCACGAGGCCUAUGUGAGCUGCAUACAGAAUGCCAAACACUAUAUCUACAUAGAG